UCGUAAAGCGUAAGGAUCGCGGUUCCAAGCAGUAUACGCGAAGAAUGGCUGCAGAUCGUGUUGUGUGGCUAUUGUUGUUGCUACAAAUCGGGUUCCGUUGCAGCCCUAGUACCGGUGCACCACUGAUCGACGAACAGUGUGAACCCGCGAAAGGUGUACUGCUGGCUCCGGAAGACUGUGGCCAAUUCCACAAUCAGUUGAACAACAAGACGGCCCGUAUCUGCUGUCCGGUGUUCCAGAAUGACCCAUCCUGCGGUAAAGUGUCACGCUUUGACGCUACGGCCGUCAUCUACGAUAGUCGCGAGACACACCUGGAUCAGUUCCCGUGGGCCACGAUCAUCAUGCCGCGCUGGCAGUGGCAGAUCAGCUGCAGUGGUUCUCUGAUCAAUCGGAACUUUGUCCUAUCGGCGGCCCAUUGCUUCCAGGCGCCCAUGAGACUAAACAACAAACGUCAUCAGUACAAGGCCGUGUUUGGCGAUUGGGAUGUCCUGACGGACGAGGACUGCAAGUACGUGCGCGGUGAGCUCGAAUGCAACGGACCAAUCCAACACCGCCAGAUCGCCGGGAUCCUCAACCAUCCACUGUACGAUCAUUGGGCCGAUCAGUUCCUCCAUGACAUUGCGUUGCUUAAGCUAGAACGGCCGAUCGAGUACGAGAGCCAUAUUGGACCGGUCUGUCUGCCGAGCUACUCGUCCGUAAUGCCAGAGAUUGCCGGACGCAACUACACGGCCACUGGUUGGGGGAAGACGCGUACCUGGGGUGGACUUCGGCGUAAGCUCAAAGUAACGAUGGUCGCCCGGAAUGUGAGCGUGUGCGCGAGGGCCUACGGCAUCAAUUCACCGGAAGUGGCCCAGGUUCAGCUGUGCGUUGGUGGAGAACCGAGAAAGGAUGUGUGCCACGGAGACUCGGGUGGUGCGCUGAUGCAGCGGGAAAAUGCUGAUCGUUGGACGCAGGUCGGUAUUAUCAGUUUUGGGUCGAAGAAAUGCGGAAAAGCACUGCCGGGGGUGUACACCAAUUUGGCACGCUACACCGACUGGAUCCAGGCUUCGAUUGAGACGUUGGAGAAGGCUGAUGACCAACAAAUGGAAACAACGUCCACAGCGAAAGGGAUUUCCACAACGGAAAUGACGUCCACAACGGAAGUGACAUCUACAACAGAAACAUCAUCCGAUUCAGAAGAGGCAUCGCAAAGCGACGAAAUGGAUUGACGAAGUGUUCAGCAGAGUUGUCAAUAAAGUUGCCAAGGAUUCGUAAAAUCCUUUGCGAUUGCACACUA